CGUAUUUCACAUUGCUUGUUGGCAGAUGAUCCAAAAUUUCUUAUAAUUGACGUUUAUAUCCAUCAUACAACAGAUGGUGGCUAAAGAUGGGAAACAUAGAAGCACAUGAUCUUGCUCCAGUUAGAGAUGAUGAGCGUAAAGAAUGCAACCUGAGUAGAAAAGUGACCUACAAGCAGUAUGUCAAGCAUCUACAGGGAGAUUUCUCAGAGGCCUGUAUGCUGGAAUGGCCCUGGAACAUCCGUGAUGCAGUGUCUUUGUACGAGCGUUUUGAUGCAUCGUUUCAUCGACUUCCAGACAUUCCCCCAGAGCUUCCCUUACGACUUCCACAUCUUCACUACAUCAAUCUUAGUCAUAACCAAAUAACUGAAAUUCCAGAAAGUUUUGCUUUACUUUUCCAUCUACGAACUGUGCUGCUGAAUAAUAAUGCCAUCAAAAAAAUACCAAUGUCAUUCAUACAUCUAGUCAAACUUGAAAAAUUGGACGUAUCCCAUAAUAUCCUAAGAGAGCUUCCUGAAACCAUGGGAACGAUGGAGUCAUUACAGCGGCUCAAUGUAAGCCACAACAAAUUGAAAACUCUUCCAUUGAGUCUUGGAAAUUCUAAGAUUAUCAAAGUCAUAAUGGCAAACAAUAAUAGAUUGGAAACCCCACCACAGAGUUUAUGUGAUUCUGGUUCAGAAGCCACUAUCAAGCACCUCAGGAAAAUAUGCCCUAAAGAGAACUAUGCAAAACCUACUAACGUUAAAGUGAAUGUGUUUAAAAGAGUGCGCGGAAAUCAGUUGCUUAGCAGUACAGUGCCUAACCCUCAGUCUGCUCAAACGCAGUACAUCCAGCAGCAGACAUAUACAAGCAACACAGUGAUUAAAAUCAAAACACCUCUCUUGCCACCACUUGGAUCUAGUCAGUACCAGGCUUAUGAACUUAGAGAUAAGAUUGUUGGUCUUAUCUAUGGUGCUGCCAUAGGAGAUGCAAUAGGCAUUGCAACAGAGUUCAUGAGUCGCGAUGAGUGCCUUUUCCACUAUGACGUCAAUUCCUUGAAAUACACUGACAUAGUACGAGACCAACAUAGAGUGCAUUGGAAACAGGGUGAUUGGACAGGAGAUUUUGACCAAUGUGUCUUAGUGCUAGACUCCCUGUUACAUUGGGGUGGUGUCAUUGAUGAGCUAGACUUUGCUAAGCGCCUAGAUGAAUGGUACUAUCAUGGCUUUCCAGAACUCAAGGAUGUUGAGGGAUUCACCCUGUGCAAUACAAUUGUAAAGGCUGUCAAUGACCCAAGUUUCCUCUCCACCCCAUAUGUUGUAGCAGACAGCAUUAUUAAUUUUAGAGACUGUCAUAUAUCUGACAAAGAAAAGGAAUCCUGUGAAGAGUUUGCAGACAAUGGCUCUUUGACAAGGUGCCUUAUGUUAGCCAUUCCACAUUUCCACAAUAUAGAUGAGGUGGUUGCCAAUACAGUUAGAAUCACCAAGGCAACUCAUGCAGAUGAUAGAUGCAUUGCCAGUGCAGUUACCAUAGCAACAAUGCUAGCUCUGAUGCUUCAGGGACAGCACAUAUCUAAUGUGGAUGAACUGAUAAAUGCAGCAAAACAGCAAGGACUGAAAUAUCUCACAGACAUCAGACAUAUAAAGGAUUUUGAAGAAUAUUGCAGCUACACCGAUCUGAACAGUUUAAAUGUAACAGAGCCUGAAAGGAUGAGCUUCACCUUCAAGCCAUUGGGGGCAGCAGUUGUUAGUCUACGAGAGACAAAAGAUUUUAGGUGUGCAGUCAGUGACCUCCUUAUGUGUGGAGGAGACAGUAAUACAAACUGCUGUGUGACUGGGGCCCUGCUAGGCUGUAAGGUGGGCUUUGCUAGCCUACCCAUGGAAUGGGUUGAGGGAAUUAGACCCAAGCAAAAAGACUGGUUGAAUGAGAAAAUCAACUUGCUUUUGGACAUGAUGGGAAUACCUUAA